AUGUCUCCGUUCGUUUACACGCCUGGCUCGAUUUCCCGUCGUGCAUACACAUCCAUCGCUGCAAUCCAACCCCAAGGAACGCCUCGUGGACAACCAAGGUACCUUCAUCGUCCGUCCGUCGGUCGCGUCACCUCCUGCUCGAUGGCUGAUGCCGAGUCUCUAGAUUUCACCAUGCGACUACUCCCUACCCUGUUUGCCGCCACCGCUCUGGCGCUCCCAGGCUCGAACACGCUCCAGGGCCUUGGUAUGAAGGACUGUCCCUCGUUCAAGACGGCGGCCGACGUGGCGAAACUUCGGAAGGAGUUCCAUAAAGACCAGCUGGAACGUCUCCGUCAAUGCGUCCCUUCCCAUGGACUGUAUCAGCCUUACAAAGAUGUCUCGACCAUGGGCUACCUGACACAUUCCACCCACCGAGAACCCGGCUGCAUCCCGACGGUGAACGAGUACGCGUGCAUCUACGGCUUCAACUGCAACUUUCAACAGAACUGCGUCAAGAGGCUUGUAUGCGGGCCGAACGACGACAUAAUGGACUGCGAAAUCAAACCCUGCUACGAGCACACCAAGGAAAUGCAGUGCGCCCUCAGGAAGCAGGCCCCGCCGGGAAUGGAGCACGAAAUCGACUACUUGGACAUCAACGUUCAGCUUGGUGACACUCCGGCUUUCGGCGCCCUCAGGGCCGAGAUUACGGUGGAUGGGCAAGUCCGCCAUCUGCCGCUCUUCAACACCCUUGCUCAGAACGGGGACGCUCAUUACACCGUCAACUUGACACGAUUGGUCGGAACAAAGUCGAUGAACCUCGACCGAUUGGACGAUAUCCGGCUGGUGUUCGAUGGCCAGGAGCAGCUUACCUACGCUCAACUUGGCGUUUGCAACCGUGGUCUUCAGAUUCGAACCUUUCGAAUCAUGAUCCGUCACGUUGCCAGUGGUCUUUUCUUCCAAGCCCACCCGAUUGCCCCAGACCCUUCGACGGGCAAGUCAAACUUCAAACAUGUCACUGCUUGCAGGGAACGAGAUUUGGACCUUUUCGACACCUCAUUUCCUUUCCUCAACUUUGAGUCGAAGAUGGGGGCGUUCAAAGAGACGGAGCGCAUGAAGAGAUGCUUCGAUACUUGGCCAGCUACACGUGAAUGCCAGAAGUCGCAAGAGUACGGGGAAACCAUAUUGCUUAGGAACCAUUGA